AUGGCGGACGGUGGAGAGGACGAUGAAGUUCCUGGGCGUGUCGAGGACAUUUUGUGUAAACGACGUGAUAAGGAAAUUAUGUGUCAACCGUGUUUAAGUAAAGAUAAGAAAAUUGUGGCUGACAAGUUUUGUUCAACGUGUAAUGAAUUCCAGUGUAUUGAUUGUUCAGGUGUGCAUAACGUGCUUGCCAUCUUUAAAAGUCAAAAACUGCUAAACGCAAAUGUAGCACAUGUAAUCAGAUGUGAUCAACACACAAAGGUUUUAGAUUAUUUCUGUGAAGAUGAGAACAAGCUUUGUUGCAGAACUUGCGCCAUUGUUGAUCAUCGUGCAUGUAAAAGCAUUGCUGAGGUCGGGAAAAUUAUCGGGAAAAUGACGUCAUCAAGUUCUGAUUUAGAUGAUAUAUUGCAGGAAGCCAAAGACAAUGCAGAAGAUAUUGCAAGAGACAUUAUUACUUCAAAAGAUCAACUUGUUCAAGACGUUCAAGAAAUACAUGCAAAAAUAAGGGAAAUGCGAGAUGAAGUAAUGAGAAUGUUUGUCGAGUUAGAAGUUGCAAUUGUUAAGAGAGCCAAAACUCUUCAAAAAGAAACAUUAGAUAAUCUUGAAAAGAAACAGUUACAAAUCGAGAAACAUUUGCAUAGAGUUACAGCGUAUCUAGAAACGGUUCAAAGCAUUUUCGAAACUGGAACUCCAACUCAGAAAUUUAUAGCAGAACAGAAGAUGGGUAAUGAAGUCAAUUUUGUAUGCAGAAAUGUUAAUGAGGAAUGUCAGAACUUCCAAACGAUGACCAUUUCAUUUGACUUUGACGAACAAUUAAAUCUACCACCAAAAUCAAUUACUGACUUUGUUCCUGGACAUCUCACAUUGAAAUAUCAUUCACGGGAAAUUGUGAAUGCUGUUAAUAAGGUGAUGACAUUAACUCCAGGUUCUUCCAUUGGGUUAAAGAAGACGGGAGAUGACUUCGAACAACCAUUCUUUUCAGGAAUAGACUUUCUAUCCGAUGGUAGACUAGUUGCUGUGGAUAAUAACAAUAAGAAAUUCUUAGUUUACAACGAAAAGUUUGAAAAUGUAGGAUCAUAUCAGUUAUCUUUUUAUCCACUGUCCGUUGUUGCUGUAUCUGAGGAUGAAGUAGCGAUAACAAGUGGCAACGAAUACAUAAUAGACUUCUUACGUGUUAGUAAAGCUAAUGAAAUAAGGUGA